AUGGUGGCUCCAAAGAAAAAAGGCGCCACGCCGGUGACUUUAGGGAUGGAAGAUAACAAUGAUGAUCACACCUUCUUCACCCUCCGGUUCAACUUCAUAGCAUUGUUGAUUCAAAGUUUUAGGUGCGAGAUCCUCCCCCCGUACUUUUCUGCUUCUCGAUCCCAUUCUGAUAAUUUGGUAACAGUCGCACACACUCUAUGCAUCUACUCUCUAUGCAUCUCAGGUUUCGUUCUUCCAGCAAUGAACCAAGAUUUAUCAACACUUUCACCUUCGAUAGCAAGAAGGAUUCACCAACUCUUGUUAUGGUUCAUGGAUAUGCAACUGCUUAGGGCUUCUUCUUCAGAAAUUUUGAUGCUCUCACAAAACAUUUCAGGGUGA